UGUUUGCGCGCUUGUGUGAAAGUGGCGCUGGGGUGCGGGGCAGCUGGCGAGUUGGGGGGGUUGGAGAGGAGGCUGAGGAGGAGGAAGCACCUUACUCGCUGUGCAAUAAUAGUCAUAAGAGAAAAAGAGCGCCCCGAUUUUCUUGCAGAGGGGAAGAGAAGGGAGCCUAUAUCGAAGGUGCCUUUUCUCGUUCGCCAGUAGGGGCGGCGGCGGCGGCGACAGCAGCACCAGCAGCCAAGCCCCGUGCCUGUUUUAAUCAGCGCCCCGGCUCCCCCCUUCACCCGUCCAGCCUUACGAGGCUUGUGUGGUCGGCUGAGAGAGGGAGAGGCGAGCUGGGAGUUUCAGGGAAGAGGGAUCGCCGGGGGUGCCUCCUUCUUCCUCAUAAACACGCUUCCCCGCCGACCUCCCCAGAGUAUAUAUAUUGCACAUUACUGUUACCUUCUCCAAGGGCUGGUCAAACCCGAUCUCGUCUAAUCCGCCACCCCCCCCCCCCCGGCCACAGCUCCUGCCGCCCCUGCCCUGUUUUCCAAGUGUCCCUCUCGGCUAAGGGGUGCUUUGUCCUGCUCACUCUGCCCCAGCAGCGCCCGUGCCUUCCUCCUGAAAAGCAAAGCAGCAUGAGCAUGGCAAACGAAACAUACCUCCUCAUAAAAGACAUAAAGGCCGGACUGAAAAAUUUAAAUGUCAUCUUUAUUGUGCUAGAGAUCGGCCGUGUCACCAAAACCAAAGAUGGGCACGAAGUGCGGUCUUGCAAAGUAGCCGACAAGACAGGCAGCAUCCUCAUCUCGGUGUGGGAUGAACUUGGCAGUCUCAUCCAGCCGGGAGAUAUUAUCCGGUUGACCAAAGGAUAUGCGUCUCUGUGGAAAGGAUGUCUCACGCUUUACACCGGGAGGGGAGGCGAUCUUCAGAAAAUCGGGGAGUUCUGCAUGGUGUACUCGGAAGUGCCCAACUUCAGUGAGCCCAGCUCGGAUCACCCUGGGCAGCCCAGCAAAGUGGCCCAGGGUGAGCAGAGUAACAAUUCCCUUCCAUCAACUAAUCUGAGUUCUUGUACUUUUGGGCCUACUGGAAAUGGUUUGCCAGCAGGACCUGAGCUGAGCGGAGUAUCACCUGCUUAUAAUCAUGCCUCCUCCUCCUCCUCCUAUGCAGGUACUGGGAGGGUUGGCGGGCGGGGACCCGCCCCUCCUUCAGUGCCGUCCAAUCAUGCGCGCCCCCCACAAAGCACACUGAGUAACGGGAGGGAUCCCCGCAGAGCCUCAAAAAGAUGACCCGGCCAAAUGACUCGCUUGUCCGCCUAAACUCUAUAUACGCCCUACUUGAACACUUAAUUGCACUUUUAUUUAUGGUUAACUGUGGGGGGGGGAGUUUGGUCUACUAGUUCUCUACCUUCUGCUGUCCAGAGAAGAGGAUUUCCUCCUCCCCCCAACACCUUUCUCUCUCUUCGCCAUCCACCCCCCCCCCCAGGCUGAAAAACCCAGUGAAGCUGCUGAUACCACAUGAGUCUAGUAGGGAAAAUGUCUUAAAAUAAGACUCGCAGUUGGAAAUUGGGAUUCCUUGUUGUGCAUCAGAUGUUGAUUUCCAAAACAAACCUUGAGCGUGGUGGAAUGCUUGUUGUCCCCCCCCCCCUUUUCCUUUUUUCGGUUAAGUUUGAACUGCCCAGCCUUAAGGUGUCUUAAUAUCUUCUUUCUGCUGUCCUGACCAACUCCCAUCGCGGCUAAUGGAGGCUGGCGGAUGGAACAAGGGGCAACUGCUCUGUUUAACCUGUGAGAAGUGGAGACGAUCUGCCAAAUGUUAUCGUAAAAAGGAGGUGGGUUGGUGUGUCCCCCCCCCCCCGUUGGGGUGGGGUAAGUGAUGGUGGCUGUGUUCGACUAGAGGAGGCCAACCUCCCCGUGCCAAACUCUGCCUGCUGCUUCUCCAGGAUCUAUUUUAAAAUCCCAGAUUCCCUCCAGGAAUGCAAAGCACACCUGCUUAAGUUCUGUAGGCCCUGCUGCAUGAGAAACAAAUGGAAAUUCUUUCAGUGUACCUCUUGGAUGGCUUGUAAUUGACCUUCAUGGAAGCUGCGAUGGCAACUGAAGAUCCAGUAGGAUACGACUUUCAUAAGGCACAGCUUCUCAGAGGCCAGAGAGAUUAUUUGCCAGUCGGUUCUACAAAGUGCAUAAAUCGGCCAUUUUUGUGAGCCCAGCCAAUGUAGUCCCCCCCCCUCCCCCAAGUGGCCGAUGGCGAUUUCAAGUUUAUUCUGUGGAGAGUGAUGCGGGGCGGAAGAGGAAGGGAAUCCCCACCCACAGAGAAACAGUAUGCCAGGCAGAAAUCUGGCUCGAGCUGUUCUUCUUGACACACUGGUUUUCUUUUUUUGGAGCCCUCCCAUCCCACAAGUGUAUGUAUUUAAGGGGGGGGGGCAUUCAACCUCACCUUGCAGCCCAGGGAGUGUUUUACCACUAUAUCCUGCUGAUGGUUUCAGACGGUGAAAAAAGUGUUUGGAGCGAAGAGCUGAAACGAAACCUAUGUAUACGAUUCGUGUCGAUGCCUGAUUUUCUCGCGAGAGCCACCCUCAAAAUUCUCAAGGGCCAAUUUGCACACGCUGACGCUUUCUGCUUCUAGAGCUAAUACCUCAGUUUCUAGAAAGGGCAGCCUUGUGCUGCUUAGUGCGAAUUGUUUUCAAGCUGCUGAGUUCGGAAAGGGGGAAAAUAACUCCCGGGGUCGUGUAAAAUAUGUGAGGUUUGUCCUUUUUAUAUGUUAAGCAUUCUCAGUGUGUCUUUGUACUGGGUAAUCCUAGAAUUAUUUUCAAUCAAUUUUUUUUUUGGGGGGGAGAGAAAUCGUAUUUGGAAUUCAUGCAAAUGCUGUAAAAUGACUGUUUUUCCUUCUCUUUUUGUUUGUUAUAUUCUUGAAGCGGACCUCAUAAAUAAAAGUUGCACUAACCAUGUAAAGCAAAAAGCAAAAAAGCAAAAACACUCCACCAUUUCCCCCCUUGUCAAGAUCAUUUUCUGCUCUGAAAUGUGUGUGUUUGAUUUCAUCUGUAACAAUGCUUAUUUGGAAGCAGGUCUCAUCAACUAUAUUUCCAAGAAUAUAUAGGAGUAUGGGGUGUGUUCCUUGCUUGUGUCGCUCUUAAUCUGUGUGUCACUCUUAAUCUGCCAGCUUCUGAUGAGCGUUUUUGGCAUCUUCAUCUUUCUUGUUUACAAAGGCUUCCUUUGCUUAUAAAACAGAAAGCAGUAAUAGCAUCAAUGAAAGGAACAGGAAGGCAGUAACACCCCAGCAUAAAAUAUGAAAAAGAUGUGGGCUGCCCUCUCUCUUUUUUUGGAAGUUCACUUCCACUUAUUUUGAGAUUUUUUUGGGGGGGGGGGGAACAGAGCAAUCCUUAUACAGUGCCUGAUACCUUUAGGUGCUUUAUAAAUAAAAUACAGCAAUGAGCAUGGGUUUAGUUCUGCCUGCAUUGGGACCCUGCAAAAUUCUGAUCUGUGCUUCAGUAAGUGGGCACUAGGGUGAUGACUUUUUUACAACCUCAUUUCCCUGUAUCAUAAUUUGAUGAGCUUUCAUUAAAGAUCAGAUAAAAUCUUACUUUCAAAGAGAUUUGAUCAAAAAACCUCACGCACAAAAUGAUUUUAAAUUUUUUAUCAGUUUUUUGACCAUUUUUGAAGUCACUGUAAGCAGAUAUAAAAUUGAACCCAAGCUUUAGAGUCACAUAUAUACAACAUUAUAUAGGGUCAUCAAACACACAAAGAAGCUUUUUUUAGCUGCAGUAACAGUAUAGACGCUGCUAGAGGACGAUGUUUUGCUACCUCUCCUGUAGGUUCUUUUCCCAGCAUUCCCGGCAGGGUCUGCUGGCUGAGUUUUGAGGUCCCCCAAAGGGGCUUUUACCUUGCGCAGGUGUGGCAUUUGUAUACCCUAUGUUGCUUAGAACACUCGCAAAUUGUGGAAUGUGGUGUUGUGUCCAAAUUUGAUACGAAAUAUAUAUAGAAUUGUUAAUACAAUUUUAUGAAAUGGUAAAACGGCAUACAAAAAAAUUAAAAACUGCGUAACCUUUUUAAAUAUUUCAAUGGAAUAUACCUCAUUUUAGUCGUUAAUAGGCAAAAGUUCAUCCAUUUGUGCUACAGGAAAUAAUUUUUGAGAAAAAAAAAGUCAUUACCCUACUGCAUACCUGCCAAGUUCCUGCCUGAAAAAUAAGGGAUCGGACCGGAAGUAGCAUACCGGAAGUAGCACUGCCGCCAUUUUGGAACUGGGCGGAGCAUGCUCAGAGGUGACUUUUGAUGCUGCUCUGCCCAGUUCAAAAAUGGCAACAGCAGGCUGGCUCCCUCAGAUAGAGGCGAUCUGGGGGUAACUGGGAAAUAGCCUCCCGGUUGUGUGGAGCUUGAAGCAUCCGUUGGUUUACAGCCACCAGCUCCCAGGCCGUUGUAAACAGGUAAAGUAUAAAAUACCAAAAAGGGUGCUGGUUGAGAUCAGCACAAUGGAACCUUGCCUCUUAGGGUGACCUUGCCAGCUGACCCACCCUGUUUAAUUACAUGUGGAUGAGCUAUGCUCUGAGCCCAAAUGCCAGCUGAUCACAGAACGGAUACAUUAGAAGCACCGUACAUGGUUGAAAUCGCUAAUUUGCAAGGAGGAGAAGCAAACUUGUUGAACCCAAGAGCAUAUUUAUGGUUAGUAAUAUAUCCAUAUAUCCAUACGUAUUUCCAGAUUCUAAAUGUCUUGCUGUCCCUUGAUUAAUCACUUUGUUCUUUUAAAUUUUCUCAAGGGGAAACUGCAUCAAGCCAAGAGAACUUGGGCUGAGGCGAGACAGGAGGAGCCUCUACUUAUUUUUGCCAGCCUUCCUUCUGGAUAUUUCUUCAGCCCCCCACUCCCUGUUAUGUAGUCGCUAAGAAUACAUAUGGCUCUUGCUCAUAAUAUAGCCUCAGUGCCCCACAUGGGAAGAAAAAAAAACCCCUUUGUAACCCUUGACAGUUGCUUGGUUCAUGAUGUAGAGGAAGGUUGAAUUAUUCUGCUAGGGCAGCUGGCAGUGACAAUGAGCAUUGUUUAAUGAUGUCUGCCAUUGUUCACGCUCCCCCCCCCCCAAAGCAAUCUUCCUCAGCCUGCUGUCCCUCAGUUCUUGUCGGCGCUCCCGUUUACCACUAACCAUUGCCCAGGCUUUCUGGCCUUGAUGGGAGUUGUAGUCUAGAAGGCACCAAGUUUGGGAAAAGGCUGUCCUAAAAGUAACACCAUUUUAAAAUACAAUGGUUAGAUGUCAAGAGAUCCCUACUUUCUGUAUUUCAGAGGGUUAACAUCCUCAUCAAUGAUCAUGGUCUUUUUUUCCUGGCUCUCAAAAUCCGUUCAGGAAGUCCGUUCCAAAACCAAAGUUUUCCAAAACCAAGGCGUGCUUUCCCACAGAAAGUAAUGCAAAAUGGAUUAAUAGGUUCCAGACUUUUUUUUAAAAAAAAAACCUGAAACAGCAAUUUAACAUGAAUUUUACUAUUUAGUGAGACCAUUGAUCUAUAAAAUGAAAGCAAUAAACAAUGUACAGUGGACGCUCGGGUUGCGAACGUGAUCCGUGUGGGAGGCACCUUCGCAACCUGCAGCACCAUGUCUGCGCAUGCGCAAAGCGUGAUUUAGUGCUUCUGCACAUGUGCGAGCGCCAAAACCCGGAAGUAGCCUGUUCCAGUACUUCCAGGUUUGGCGCAGUGUGCAACCCAAAAACACACAACCUGAAGCGUCUAUAACUCGAGGUAUGACUGUACUGCAAUCACGCAAUCAGUAGCUGAACUGGGUUCCACACAGUCACAAAACAAAACAAAAAAGCCGCAAAAACAAAAAGGCAAAAUAAAUAGCAAAAUCAGAGAGACCUCAGCGUAACGCUCGGAACGGAAGUGUGGCACUCAAAUCGGAAGCACAAGACUAAAAAAAAACAGCAUGUUUGGCUUCCGGAAAAAGUUCACAAACUAACACUUCUGGGUUUGCAGUGUUUGGGUUUAAGUUGUUUGAGUACUAAGGUACCAUUGUACUUGAGAGUAUGCAGUACUGACUCCCCCCCCCCCCCACAAAUGUUUAAAGUGUGGCACUUGCUGUAACAACUUCAUGGUGAAUACCGGCACCUUUUUUCCUUUAAAAAAAAGCACUGACUGCACACAAUGAGACUUCUAAUUUUUUUAAUUGAAUUUUUAUUCAGUUUUCUUUUUCUAUCAUUACAUACAUCUCAUAUCCAUAAUAUUUAUACAGUGGUACCUCGGUUUAUGAACACAAUUGGUUCCGGAAGUCUGUUCAUAAACUGAAGCGUUCAUAAACUGAAGCAAACUUUCCUAUUGAAAGUAAUGAAAAGUGAAUUAAUCCGUUCCAGAUGGGUCCGCGGCGUUCGUAAACCAAAAAUUCGUAAACCGAGGUGUUCGUAAACUGAAAAUUCGUAAACCGAGGUGUUCGUAAACCGAGGUUCCACUGUAUUACAUUCCCUCUUCCCUCCCCUCCUGGGCUUCCCCCAACUUCCACUUCUGAUUUGUUUUUCCCUUAUUACACAAUUCUUUUUUUAGUUGCAAUUCUUCCCAUUAGAGAGAGAUCCAUCCUAUUCCAUAUGUCCAAAUUUCUUUUAAUUUCAUGCUGAGUCCCCCCCCCAUAAUUACCUUUAAAAAUGUUCCUAUUUUUGUUGUUAUCCAUACUCCUAGAUACUUUACUUUUUUGUAUGCUUCUAUCCCUACCAUCUCUAUUAUUUCUUUCCGAUCCUUUAAGGUUUUUUCAUAGCAAUUUAGUUUUGCUUUUAUUUAAUUUAAAUCCUGCCACUUGACCAAACUCUUCGUAUUAUAUUCAUUACUUUUGGGAGAGAAUGAGACUUUUAAAAAAACUGAAUGUUUUUAAAUGCACAAACCUAGGUGUGUCUUUUUAUAUACCUGGCAUGCCCUCUCUUCUGACGAGGCAGCCAUACUUGUAAGGAAGAUCAAGUCAGUCCUUUUCAAAAUAGCUGGCUCAUUAAUGCAAAGGCUGAGCCUGUCUCAUUCUGCCCCAUAAGGAGCGGUUAAGGCUCUCCAGCAUCUGUGUCCUCGCCUACCCCUGGGAAUGAUGGGGGAGGCUGUAUUGCUGCCUGCCUCUCUGACACAAUAGUGUUGGCCUCUUUUCCCCGAGAGGCAGCUCAAUGGUAGGCAGAGCUCUCUUACCUGAAAUGCUCAAAACAUGCGACUGUCUGGAAUUCGCUGUUCUCUCGUCACAUAAUCACCACCUUGCCCCCUAACUUGGAAUAGGGAAAGGGAAACACACAGAAAUGUGGACAUUCGAGUCUCCCUUCACUGUCUCAAAACCUGCCCCCUGGACUGAAGUGCCGGUAACAGUUGAAUAGGUUAGUUGGUGCUCUUUCUUGCCAUUCUGGGAUUUUCAGAGACCAAAAAGCAACCGCAGAGAGGAUUUGGCAAGAAGCUUCCUCUGAUGUGCAAACUGAAAUAAGAUUAUUAUGGGCCAGGGAGGGAAAUUGAAGAACAGUGCUCCCUGCUCGUAGAAGCCUUAUCUGUUCAGUAUCCCCCCCCCCCGGGGUUUGAUUUGUGUAAAAAGGACUGCAUGCGUAGCUUGUAAAUAUUGUCACUGAUGACAUGACCCCCUUAGUUCAGCCGAGUGUAGUUUUCACUGCAUAUGCUCUAGAGCAAGCAUCCCCAAACUUCAGCCCUCCAGAUGUUUUGGACUACAAUUCCCAUCUUCCCCGACCACUGGUCCUGUUAGCUAGGGAUCAUGGGAGUUGUAGGCCAAAUCAUCUGGAGGGCCGCAGUUUGGGGAUGCCUGCUCUAGAGCAUGGAUAGGCAAACUAAGGCCCAGGGGCCAGAUCCGGCCCAAUCGCCUUCUAAAGUCAGGUCAUGGAUGGUCUGGGAAUCGGCGUGUUUUUACAUGAGUACAAUGUGCCUCUGGGUUGUUUGUGAGGCAGCCUGGUGUUUUUACAUGAGUAGAAUGUGUGCUUUUAUUUAAGAAGCAUCUCUGGGUUAUUUGUGGGGCAUAGGAAUUCAUUCAUUUUUCUUCCCCUUCAAAAUAUAGUCCGGCCCCCCACAAGGUCUGAGGGACAGUGGACCGGCCCCCUGCUGAAAAAGUUUGCUGACCCCUGAGGCCAUUGCUGCAACAUAGCUUUGUUUUUGAGCUAGUUGUGACUACAGCAGAGCGGUUGUGUCUUUUCUCAGUGGCUUUCGGGAAUGGGGAGUGGGGCAUUGGGACUUGCAACAUGGUAGACCCACAUUAGAACGGUGCAUGCUUCCAAGUACAGGCGGGGCAGGCUGCGAAACUAUUUACAUUAGGCAAGCAAAGGUAGCAACAUAAAUAAUCCAUCCCUUGCUCAGCAUUGCCAAAUGUCAGCCUGAAUACUCCCUCUAGUGGUGUACAGUUGCAGGGUUAAUGCCAACAUUACUAGAAAAAGAGAGAUUGCUCUUCUGCCACCAAGUCUCCUGAGCCCAUGAGCUCAGGCUUUUGUAGCAAAUCUGCCAUUUGUACCUAUAGGUCCCUGCGGUUUUAUAUUGACUUGUCCUAUUGUGCAGGAAAAUGCGAUUGCGUGUGCGCACAGCGAACAUGCUGGCUUGGAUCCCAAGCGGUUUGCCACAAGUGGAAGGGCAGUAUGGUUCGUGCAAGGCAGCAUGAUGUUCCAGCCAUGAUGGCUCCAUAGUAGGGCAUCUGCUUUGCAGGCAAAAGGUCCCCUGCCAGUCCGUGUACUGAGGCAGAUGGACCAACAGUCUGGUUCAGUGCAAGGCAACUUCCUAUGCCCCUUGACCCUAAAAGGAGUGGCUUUGGGGCCCAGCAGGCUGUACAAACCCUGCAGGUGCCCUUAUUUUCCAGGAACAGUCCUGGAUUUACAAAAACCAUCCUGGUUUCUGAUUUGAUCCCCAAAUGUCCCGCUUUUCCUUAGGGCAUCCGUAGUUUCAUUGGCUAAAUGUUGGAGGGUAUGGAGUUGUGCAACCCCUGAGCCAAGGAGAUAAGUAAAUAUACAACCUUAAGGCAGCCAUGUAUAGGGCUUUUUAUUUUUAAAUGUUUUAUUAUGUUUUUAUAUAUGUUGGAAGCCACCCAGAGUGGCUGGGGCAACCCAGUCAGAUGACAGGGUAAUA